CUAUCUAUCCCUCCCUACAAAUCGAAACAAAGAAAGAAAAAAUCGAGAGGACGCCAGGGCCGAUUCUCUGCGUGACUUGGGGCGUCGUCGCCGAGUUUUCUCCGGCCGAGGGCGGCGCGACCGGACAACCAGCGUGAGCGCGACCGGCGACAUGACUCGCGGCAACCAGCGUGACCGCGACCGUGAGCGCGCGGCGGCGCGGAAGCCCAACGCCAAGAACUCCCAGGACGGGCUCACCCCGGAGCAGCGCCGCGAGAGGGACAAGAAAGCUCUGGAGGAGAAGGCGGCCAAGAAGGCGCAGCAGGCAGCGGCCGGCGGCACCGGUACCUCCACGGACAACAACAAGAACAAGGCAGGUGGCAAGAAGUAGGAGGCAGUGGCGCGCCGCCACCUCUGUACGAUUAAUCGAUGCCUUGAGCUUGUAACUUGUUCGCAUCCUUGUAGGUGCGAUGCUUGUUGGGUCAUAAACUCUGAUGAUAUCGAGAUUUGGUGAUCAGAAUAAUGCGUGGUUUUCUGGCUUUCUGUUCUGUCCCAUUCCUUGAAUGGCUGAAUCAUCUAGAGUUAGGAUGUGGAGGAACUUUUGCUUGCUGUCAACACAUGUAUGCUGUCAGUUAACUUUUUUUUAGAUUAAAUAGUGAAUCAUGCCAAUUGCCAACCAA